AUGGCUCCAGAAAGGCGAUCCCGGCUCAGUGAUGCGGGCAUUUUAGUGUCCCUUCUAGCUCUCACCAGUCUUGUGCCGGUGCAAGCAGCUGUUACGACAUCGAAGCCAGAUUAUGCAAAGCGUGCAGAGCGUGUACUUAGAAGCACUCCAUUAAUAGAUGGGCACAACGAUCUUCCUUUCGCUAUCCGGAGAUCUACCCAUGACCAAAUCUAUGAUGGCAAGGUUCCCUUUGAAACUGCACUCAAAGGCCAGACUGAUCUCCCUCGAAUGAGAAAAGGGCGCAUGGGAGGACAGUUUUGGAGCGUUUACGUUGGGUGUCCAUCAGACCCUAACACUCCAAUUGACUUCCCAACGUUUGCGACCAGAGAUACCUUGGAGCAAAUUGAUGUCGCAAGACGACUCGUGGACAAGUAUUCCAAGGAUCUCAUGUACUGCGAUAACCCUGCCUGCGCAAAGAAGGCCUUUAGAGAGGGUAAAAUCGGCAGCUUCAUUGGUAUCGAGGGAGGACACCAAGUGGGCAGCUCCAUUGCGGCCUUGCGCCAGGCUUUCUAUGCCGGAGCUCGAUACAUGACUCUUACCCACAACUGCGACAAUGCGUGGGCAACCGCCGCGUCCACCGUCAGGGCCGGUAAACCCGACCUGGGUAUGACUGAAUUUGGCCCUGCGCUGAUCAAGGAAAUGAACCGUCUCGGCAUGCUUGUAGACCUUUCACACGUCUCCCAUCAAACUAUGCGAGAUGUUUUGAAGGUUACCAAGGCGCCCGUCAUCUUCUCCCAUUCUUCAGCUUACGCAGUUUCCAAGCAUCUGCGAAAUGUCCCUGACGACGUUCUCAAGACCGUCGCUAAGAACAAUGGCGUGGUCAUGGUCACCUUUGUGCGCAGUUUCGUUAACAUUGACAACCCGGACUCAGUGACUGUUGACGAUAUUGUCAAGCACAUCUUCCACAUCGCUGAGGUUGCUGGAUGGGACCACGUUGGGCUUGGUGGUGACUAUGACGGCACCACUGAGCUUCCAAAGGGCCUCGAAGAUGUUUCAAAAUACCCAUACCUUAUCGAGAAAGUCCUCGAGCACGGUGCCACUGAAGAACAGGCACGCAAACUCAUUGGAGAGAACAUUCUACGUGUUUGGACUGAAGUGGAGAAGAUUGGCAAGAGGAUUCAGAAUUCCGGUGCCCUCCCAGUUGAGGAGGUCUGGCAGGGUAGAAACUGGACUCAGUCUCUCACCAAACGAUCCACCUUCAUUCCAACCGAGAGCCCAACCCAGCUUGAGUUUGGAUGUGAUUAA